AUAGAGUUUUAAUUUCUCUUUACUCAAAGACUUUCAAGUAAAAGAAUAAAAGAUGAGCGGUACCGCAGAAAAUAUACCUUCUGAUGAAUAUUUCAAUUUAUCACCGGAAACAAUAAAGAUAAAUAAUCAAAAUAGUAAAGAAAUGAAAGUGUUCAAUAUAGAAAACGAGUCUUUACAAGAUAGGCUAAUAUCAUUUAAUAAGAUUAUCGAAAAAGAGAUCAACAACACUGACAAUGAAUGCGAAAAGCAAAAGAAUAUAAUUGAUAAAGCAGUUACUAAAUAUAUAGCUUCACUCCAUAAACAACAAGAAACAAUUAAAGAUGAAAUUGAAUUAUUCUACGCUGAUAAGAAAUCAAAUUUAAAACGAGCUUUAUCAGACACACAACGCCUUGAAGAUUUUAAUAGAAAUUCACAAAAUCCAAUAGUUCAAAGAAAUUUAAAAAAGAUGGCCAAAGAAUUAAUGUACGCAACUGAAAAUAUUAUAAAUAAAAUGAAAUAUUUUGAAUUAAAAGAAAAUUAUAAAUACGAAAAUAAUAUUGGAAAAUUAAAGACGCCCAUUUACGAAAAACCUAUUAAAGAACAUAUAAUAUUAUUAAAUUCACAAUUAAAGAAGGUUAUUGCAACUAAAAAAGGAUUUCUCGCAUGGCAAUCGAAUAAUAAAAUUAUUGAAUUGAAUUAUGGCCAUACUGUAGUUUCGGAGAAGAAUGAUAUAUUAGAUAUUUGUUCAACAUUUGAUAAUCGAUUAUCAUACAUUGUUUAUGUUGAUUCAAAAUUCUAUUGUAAAACGUUAAACUUGGAAAAUGAUGAAUGGAUUAUGAGAAGUUUCUCAUAUCCGUUUAAUAAUUUAUCUUCAAUUAUGUUUGGAGUUUAUAAGAAAAAUAUUAUAAUUAGUUCGGAUAAUGGUAAAACUCAUUUCUAUCAUAGAACUAAUCUCGAAGUAUCAGAAAUUGAGGAUAAAACUUCAAAAAAGAAACCAAUUAGUCAUAAAGCAUUUAAGAAAGGUUUAUGUAUUGAUUUUGGAGAUGAAUUGGAAUAUUUUAGCGACUUUAAUGCUGAUAAAAUAUUCUUGAAUAUUAAAACUUCUACUAUUCAAGAUUUCUCCCUAUACGAUAAUAUAAUUGAUAAGCUAAUUGAAGGUGAACAAAUCUUCUGCAGUGAAAAAGAUUUUGUACUAUUUAACGUUAAAUCUGGCGAAGGAUACUUAAUUGAACACGAGAAAAUCUUCCCUGGCAAAAGAUUACUUGAAUAUCAAUUAACAAAUUCUCAUAUUGUAUUUUGUCUUUUGGAUAUAGAAAAUCCAAAAAUGAUAACAAUUCAGUAUUAUCCUGUAUUGAAAGAUGAGAAUUUUUAAUUAGACGCUCUAUUCAAUUCGUUUUUCCCUCUUUACAUUCUAUAACAAAUCAUUUGGUGUUUUUAAAUAAUAAAUAUUUUCAUCGCAUUUUCUUUCAA